AUGGGAAUUAUUGGAAGUGGAUGUGAAGUCAUGCGAUAUGCAUGGCCCAAGAUGACUGUAUCCUUCUCCAUCCGAGAGAAUGGUGAGACGGUACCGUCAGACUUGGAAGACCCACCGGUAGUGCUCUUCGGACCCCACCGAUCUUGGAAAGGGCUCCUAAACACUUACCCAGUGGAUUUGUUGGUGAUCGAGCGGGGUAACUACAAGCAACCCAGUGGUAGCCCCCGUCGAGAACCAUGGGAGGACAUGGUGGAGUCCGUGCCUCCCGAAAAGCGGCCAAAACUUGUCAUUGAAUGUUGGCGCUCUGAUCCAACUCUAUGGCAAUAUGGCCCAACCAGCAAGGCAACCACCACCAGAUGGAGAGACAUUGGCUACUACGUCAAUUGCCGAACUAUCAACGCAACUUCCAUCGGUGGAGCCAUCAACCAAGAGAGACUCCUAGUGGCCCGCACUCGAGCUGACAUUGGAGCACAAUGGGUGUGGGACAACCUGGACAGAGACCUAGCUGUGAUUAGACCCAUGGGGAAUCUACUCACGCCACCCGGUUUGGUACCCAGGAGCUCCUACUCUAACAACGGCACCAACCACACCCCGUAUUCACUACACGACCCUAUGCCCAACCAAAUAGGAGCAUACAUUCGCACUGAAAAAGGGGUUCGGAGACUUUUGAAGGAGGAAAUGGCAAGAGGGCUUGGAAUACCGAAAGGCCCAGAAAUGAACUUGUCCAAGAAAAGCUUGCAACGAACAACAUCGUUGUUCCAUUGGGAAUACCUAUCGCAUUCCCUCCAACAUCUGUUCCCCAUGCCUGCUUUGGAAUCAAGACCUACGCCGGCUGAGGACGGAUCCAGCAACGAGUCUUCAUCACCUGCUGGACCCACGACCUGCAAGGAGUUUGGCUGGGUUCCCGCAGAUCUAUCUCCAGGAGGGACUUGGCACCAGCAACGCAUAUCCAACCUCCGAUGGGCUUCAGAGCACUAUCCAGAGCCCAAGGACAUCUUUGACGAUGGCCUUCAUCGGUUGGCUGUGCAUCGACAGAACUACGACCAAGACGGACCUUCCCCAAAAUGGCUUCAACUGCUAUGGUGGGAAUUCCCAUCUGAGCACUGGGAGGAACUCCGAACAGGCGCUAGACAGAAUUUUUUGGAGAGACCGGAGCCCCACAUUCGACCGAAUGCCCCAAUGGAUGAAGAGAUGUUGGAAGCCGCCGUCCAGUUUGUGGAUGAACUUGUUGAACUUGGAGUACUGAGACACAUUGAUGAGGGCCUCAAAGUCCUCACCAAUGCGCCACUUUUUGUGGUCGGCAAAGACGGACAGCCUGGCGAGUGGAGAGUCAUUGCGGACAUGCUACGCGGUGGCCAGAACGAUUGUGUGGGACAAGAUCCGGUCUUCAUGCCAAGGAUUGCCCACAUCGUCGACCAAAUGUACACUGGCGGAUUCUCUGCAGUUGUGGACUUGUCCAAGUUCUUCUACAACUUUCCAACACACCCAGAAGACCGGCCAUAUCUUGGUCUUCUACACCCAAAAACCGAGGAGCUGUUGACAUACUACGGGCUUGCAAUGGGAGCCGGAAACAGCCCUGCCAUUGCAUGCCGAAUUGGAUUGGCCUUUGUGCGUUUGGUGAAAGAAAAGUUUGAUGUCUUCCAAGGAGAAGCCAAGGCUAACUGCUACUGGACCGGCUUCCAGAACAACGGAUUCGACCCGAAACUUGGAUACGGAUUCAUUCUUACUUCGGCCGAUGGAGGAGCUGUGCACAUCUGGGUUUGGGUUGAUGAUUUCCUUAUUCAUGGACCCUCCCAUGAGAAGACCACUCGAGCUCUGGCAUUCUUCCUUGACACAGCCGUUGACUGUGGUUUCCUUUUCCACCCAAAGAAAUUGGUUCCACCUCAACAAGUGGUCAAAUACUGUGGCUUCUUGUUCGACACUACCGACAUUCCAUGCCUACGAAUCCCGGAAUCCAAAAAGGACCGAGCCCUGGCCAUCUGCGAAUACCUACUCCAGUCACCAACUCACAAGAAGUGGUCACGAUUGAGUCUUGCUGUUGCGGUGGGAGUUCUUGAGUCACUGACCGAAGCAACACCCCGUCGGCUUGGCCACACCCAUCUGAAGGAAUUUCACACACUAGUCCACCCACCUGGACUUGGGAUCGGCGCGGAGCCUUACUACACAACGACAUGCCUCAAUUCCCGAGUACUUGAUGAACUAAAGUGGUGGAAACAGUUCCUACUACGGAGUGAAGGGAGAUUUGUCAGAGGAUGGGAAGCAGCUACCCUUGUCCCAACCUUUGGUGAUGGUAGCGGCACUGGCACCGGUGGGACCCUCCAACUACCUAACUGUGACUUUGAAAUGUGGCGCGGGAAAUGGAAACCGGCGGUCUACAUUUUUGCCUCCGUUUGGAAAGAACUGGCGACACUGAAAGAGACCCUUCUUCGGAUCAAAGAGAGCCCCCAAGCCCACCUCGUCAUUGGCACGACCGUCUUCUACUUCACUGACAACUCUGGAGUAUAUUGGAUUGCUACUACGGGCUCCUCCAAGCGGCGAGAUCUUCACCAGCUGCUCAGCGAGAUCCGACUGUUGGAACUUGAUCUUCAAUGUGUCCUCCAGGUGGUACACGUCCCAGGCCGAGUUUUGAUCACGCAGGGCACUGAUGGACUUAGCCGAGGCGUUUGGAUGUCAACUCUACAAGACAUCAUGGACUCAGAUCGACUGACACAAGCAAUCUUCGAUCCCAUGCCACUGGACUGGACUUUGGUUUGGCAACACCUGCCUCAUCUGGCACAUAUGGCCCAAUACCGUUCCUGGAACCAACAAUGGACAGCGGACCUCUGUUUGCACCAAACAACAGUAUGGUGCCCGCCACCUGAACUUGCCCGGCAACUCCUGACCUUCUUGCUCAACUCUUGGGUCGAAUGUCCAUUCACUACUUCAGCACUCCUCUUUGUGCCUCGAGUAGUUGAAGCUUCCUGGCGCCACAUGUCCCGCUACAUCGAAGAGAUCGGCACCAUCUACCCCCACCAAACGCAGCUACGCUUUCCACCUCUCCUUCCUAUUCCAAUUGUUGUUCUACACAUUGCACCUCACACACUCUCGCUGACUCCAUCAAGGUUGGACAAAACUCCCACUACCGCCCCCUCUUGGCAUGCAGCCCAAGCCACACUUAUGCGCCGGCUGCCUGACGGGAUUCACCAAGAAAGCCAUUGA